AUGGUGCGUCAGAGAUUCAGUUCAUACACGCUAGAUGGCUAUUUUCUCCAAAUAUUUGAAAAAAAAGUAAAUCUCAAUUCUCUGUUGCCAACCUUUGAUACGGAAAAUGUAAAUUACCUUUAUUCCCAACAGCGCGUAGCCCUCGUAGCAGUACUUGUGCUGGUGAUGGUCGCCAUGGCAAUGGCAGACCCUGACCCCGGGUAUGGGAAAGGGCAUGGCGGCCAUGGCCACGGAGGGUACGGCAAGGGCCAUAGCCACGGAGGGUACGGCAAAGGCCAUGGCCAUGGUGGAUACGGUAAGGGCCAUGGUCACGGAGGAUACGGCAAGGGCCAUGGCCACGGAGGGUACGGUAAGGGCCAUGGCCACGGAGGGUACGGCAAGGGCCAUGGCCAUGGAGGAUACGGCAAAGGACAUGGGGGAGGCUACGGGCACGGAGGAUAUGGCAAAGGUCACGGCGGAGGCUAUGGACAUGGCGGUCACGGAGGCUACGGACACGGGGGUCAUGGUUACCAUUAA